CAAGUAAUACCACGAUUUUCAUCAGAUAGAGGAAGCGCCUAGAUCUAAGCGGUCGACACAUUUAUCGGACGGGGAAGCGUCGAAGCCAGUUCGGCAAAUUCAAACAUGUCAAAUUAGCAUGUUCCAAAUCGCGACCGAAUCGCUAGCAGGCGAUGCCGAAUCGGCCUCGACCGACGAUUUGUCCGACCUAUGGUUUGAAAUUGGCGGAUUCUGCAGGAGUUACAGCUCCUCGACCGGAGAAGUGAAGGCAUCGGGCGCUGUGUGUGAACUUUGCUGCCUUCUUUUGUUCAAUUCCGAGGUCUGCCGGGUCGUCAGUGCCCCAGCUGCAAUGAUACGGGUUUUUUAAGAGUCCGCUUUCGAACAAGCCAGAGGAGGCGAAUUUGGAGCCGCGAUUGGUAGUAGAAUGUUGGCCUCCGUGCUUCCGUGGGAGUGGAUACUCGAGAACGUUCUCGACUUGAACGAUUUUUCGUUGCCAUGCUUGAAGGAGCUGAUCAGCUACAUUCCACACAUCGAAGACUCGCGGUGCAGCAAGUUGCUUCAGAAGGUGGCUUUGCGUUACUUAGAGGAGAUUGUUCUUUCGCGUAACGUGGAUCCAUGCGCAAUCACCCUGAUAAAAUUCAUCGUGAAACCGCACGGUGGAUCCAGCCUACGCCGAAUUCACAGCCUUAGAGAGUCAGUUGAAUAUGACUUGAUUCUGCGGGUCGAAACUGAGGUUGUGCUUACAACUUUGAGGUACCGUGAUGAAAGCGGAGGUAGAGAUUGGGAAGCAUUUCAGGAUGCUCUGGAGGAAAUUUUUCCCGAAUCUUCACUGGAAGCGAGCAAGGCUGGGCGCCGUAAGGAGCUCAUUUCCGUGAGUUUGGCCGGUGAGCAGCAAGAUGAUCUUAUUGAAAAAAUGCUUCUCAAGUAUCCUCUCGAAGACCUUCUGAAAGACCUGUUGCAGUUGAUUGAAUCCAAGAGGAAAUUAUUGAAGACCAAGUUUCUCGACCAGCUUGCCAAAGAUGUGAUCAAUGGUUCGUAUACUCCUUCAGCUUCUCGCCCCUCUCAGGAUGGGUUAUCUACCCCAACGAACUUCAAAGAACUAUUCAUGCUCGAUGACUCCCUCAAUGAGCAUGAAGGUCCAGACUCUCUAUAUCCAGAAAAUGAGGCAGUAUUGCCCAGCCGCUCGCAUACGAUCCUCUCUACACAGAAAUUUUACCAUCGAAGUCCAGCCGAGAAGUUUGUAAAGGAGCCCUUUGCCGAUAUCCUGAGUGGUAGGACCACCCCCUCAACGCCUCUCACUGCCAAGGAUGGUGAGACGGUUACAAGGAACGAGAAACGAGACCUGCAUGUUUGUGAACAGGCCGGAGAGCAAGUCACUCCCGUGGACAGGGUCUUGGUGCAUGAGGGACUAAGGUUAGAGAUGUCUACGAGUAUGGCGGAGGUCGACAAAGUUGCUCGUGGACUCACCAAUCAGAUCAACGAGCUCGUCGAUGAUAUCGACAAGUUUGCCGUCGAUAUUCACAGAGUGGCUGUCAACUCGACUGAACAGACGUACUAUUCAGGAGAAACAGAUCUUGCGCAGGAGGCACAAUCAAAAGACCCAAGUUCUUCACCAGCUGAGAAAGGCGAGAAAAGGCCUGCGACUGAAAAGCUGCCCGAUGAUGAUGCUAAAAAGAGGGUGCGUGGUUCAAAAAAGAGGGUGCGUGGUUCUUUGGAUACAUCUAGAAUAGGUGGAGGAAAGGAGAACGAAGAAGGAUAUUACAGAAAGGCUAGGUUAACCACCGCAGGUAAUGAAUACACUGCAAGUGCAGAGCGUGAGGAUAUCCUAACAGCUGACUUGGAUUGUCAUGCCAUCCGCGAUGGACCUGAGAACACGAGUGCGACUUCAGUCCACAGGCUUUUUUUGGCUUUCUUGAGGCAAUCAAGGCUAGACCAGCUUGUUUGCAAAUUCUCUGUACCGGAAGCACCCGUAUUCAAAAGUCAUUCUUCUGGACUUGACAGCGGGUGCAUCAUUUGUCGAAGAGGUGGUGUUCUCGUCAAGUGUCACGGGUGCUCUGUCAAAGUUCAUGACCGGUGUCUUGACGAGCUACGUAUGCGAAAUCCUGUUCACGAACGUCACUGGUUUUGUCCAUCUUGUGUUGAGCAGCUGACGUUGGGGAUUUUGGAAUCGGUGAAAGCCGAGGCAGCUACAGCAAGACAGGAGGCUAUCGCGUUUGUGCUUGCGACAGGGAAACAUCCUGGAGAUAUUCGUAGUUCAUGUGAUGGCAUCGAUGGACGUGCUCAGAUGACCAAUUCCGCAGUUGCCUUUUCUGUACUACAAGAAGGUGCACACUUAAAGGUCAGUACUAAGGAAGAUUUGAAGCAAAACCCGGAUCCAGAGUCCAAUAACCUGGACUGUGAAGACGAUUCAGAGGCAGAAGCAAGAAAGGAAUCCGAAGGAAUGGUGUCACUCUUAAUUGUGCAAGACAGCAAUAUAGGUUGUCCUAGACCUAAAGAUCAUUCCCACUCCGUUAAGGAAACAGAUUCUCCUCGUAAAGAAAUUGAACUUACUGUUAGGCUUGGAACCAUCUCAAAGGCUGUUAGUAACCAUGAAGAUGAGAGACCUGAACCACUGUCCAGCCCUCCUUUACCUACGUCACAUUUUAAUCCAGAUAUGAGGGAGCCGUCACCAGUUGCAUGUGAGAAUGUACUGUCUACAGAUGCAACUGAGGAAACGCUUGCAACGAGUACACCUCCUACAGAAUGUGUGGAGAAGGAUCUUCACGCUAACCCUAGUGGUCGUAACCUGUCUGAGGAAGGACUGAAAGCGCUGUAUGAUGAGACCAGUGCUGUCAAGCCGAAAUUAUCCGGCAGUGGAAAUCCAAAGUCGUCACAGAAAUCACCUAUGAACUCGUCGAAACCAGGAGUGGACGAAGGAGACGGACAUGACGGGGACCUUGAGGAGGAUAUUCAUAGACACCAAGACGGUGGGGAAUGCAGCAAAGAAAACCAACCCAGUGACUUUCCAACCCCGGUUGAUGAGCGAACUCCACCGAGGAAAGGUCGCUACAGGGGAAGGUGGAAGAUACCUGGAGUCCGGCGCAGAAAUCUACCUUGGUCUGAAUCUGAGAUAUUCGUCUUGAAGGAGGGCGUACAGAAAUUUUCCAAUGACGGUCGGGGGUUUCAGUGGAAAAAUAUUCUAGAGUUUGGUUAUGGCAAGUUCGACCCAAGUCGCACAACCGUAGACCUCAAAGAUAAAUGGCGCAACUUGAGCAAGUAUCGUGAUACAAGUCCCAGCUCUUAGGCGUCCUCUGAUGUGAUAUACCUCGAAAAAUGUCAGUAUAUGUUCAAAAGUUCGUCUUUCCUCUGCUACAAGAGAUUCAAAGGUACCUGCUGUAUGCAAGAGGUGGUGGAGGUUUCUGUGGUCUUGCUGGCUCGGCUAUAAUGGCUUCCAACAAUCUAGUUGUGUACCAAAACUUUCAGAACUUCACACGGAUUGGGACUUCCUUUCCGCUGGGAUUCGACUUCGAAGUUGGUUGUGUAAUUUGUUUGUAGACCACUUAGCCAGAGGCCGAACAUACUCAUGUAUAUUCCUUUAGUGAUCUACGGCCACCCACAAGAACCUGAUGUUCUUUCUUGCGCUUUUGAAGGAAGCCACAGACCUCCUCAAAAGUUUUCAAGUGGGUAUUAGUCAAACAUUAAGCUUAUGCUUGAUCGUUAGGAGCUUUAUGUACAAUAUUAUUGCAAUUCUUAGCACACCAGUCGCUGUGCAGAGAGCUCGGAUGAUUGCUGCUCUAAAAUGCAUUUAGUCCGUCACCUCACGAUGGAAACCUUC